AUGGUCGCUCACGGUCGCUACAUCACCGAGAAGGUGACCUACCCAUCCCACGGCGAGACCAUCGCUGGUAUCCUCUACCGUCCCACUGGUGUUUCCAAUCCGCCUGGGGUUGUGCUCAUCGGCCCUUACUCUUUUGUCAAGGAGCAAGCGCCUCUGCAGUAUGCCACGAGACUCGCCGACGAGGGUUACGCUGCUUUGAUCUUUGACCCUCGCACUGUUGGCGAGAGUACGGGCAAGCCACGCCGACUGGAGAAUCCUAGAUUGAAGAACGAGGAUGCGGUUGCCGGUCUCGACUAUCUCGUUAGUCGAGGCGAUGUCAACAUGUCCAAGUUGUUCCUCGUCGGAAUUUGCCAAGGCGGUCCGCAGUGUCUAGACAUUGCUUCGCGUGACGAUCGCGUUGCCGGGGUAGCAUCCGUCACUGGCUACUACCGUGAUCGAGAAACCGACAUUUGGAUGAUCGGUUCGGGCUGCGUAGCUUGGAAGCCGGGUGCCGAUAUCGCCACCCUCAAGAUGCCCACUCCCGAACAGGGAGAGGCUCUCUACACUGCUCGCCUCAAAAGGGCCGAAAAGGCCCGGAGCUUGUUUUACGAGACCGGCGAGGUGGUCUAUGCACCCUUGGUGGACCCGGAGGCUGCUGAUCCCGAUGUCGGAUCGCUCGCUGGUCUUCCGGGACCUGUGAGCUGGUCGUUCUACGGGCCGUGGACGUUGAAGAAUUUCGACAACCGAUACGCCGUGAUGAGUGAUCUGGAUCACUUCAGCUAUACCACCGUUCCCGGCGUGGCAAAGCUCGAGAAACCGGCACUCAUCAUCCACGGCGACAACUGCAUGAACGCUCCCGCUGCCAAGCGUCAUUUCGAGUCGAUCCCUACGAGCAAGAAGAAGCUCAUCUGGAACAAUGAAGUGUCGCACUUUCAGCACUACGAGCAGCCUGAUUGCGUCGAUCAGAACGUCGGAGAGAUCGCCAGCUGGUUUCAGAAGGUGAUUGACGGGGCCGAGUUGCCAUGA